UUUCAGUAUUCCGUCAAUGUCAUAAUAGAAUAAUUACAAUGUUUUGAAAAAAUGCGGUUCAUGAAUUUAAGAAAUAUCCUAAAUGAAGGUAGAAAAUUGUUACCUGUGGAAAAUACAAAAUAUGUUCGGAAUUUUGGAAUAACGAGCAUUAAACGAAGUCCUGGUGCAUAUGAUGCUGAUGGUAAAACCAAGGUAUCAAUAUUAAAUACUAGCUUGGAAAAUGGUCUAAUGAUCACAGGAUAUAGUCAAUACGGAUUUCGGCUCAACAAUGAUGUAGUUGUUAUGGGACCUAUAGCUAUAUUUCCUCGAUCAAUACUAUCUUGGCAUGUUAAUUCCUUUGAGGAUAUAAAUGAAAACAGUUUGUCGAUAUUUUAUGCAUUAGAACCAAAAUUAGAUGUUCUUGUUCUCGGUAUCGGAGAUCAAGCUCCAUCGCCAAAUUUUUCGAAAAAAAUAAUGGAAUUUAUGAGAAACUACAAAAUAAAUGUCGAGAUAUUGCGCACUGAACAGGCAUGUGCGACUUUCAAUUUGUUGAAUUCUGAAAACCGUAUGGUAGCUUCUGCUUUAAUACCUCCUUUAUAUAUU